AUGUCUUCUCCGAAUCUCCAUGUUGCAGUAAUCGGAGCAGGCGCCACCGGCCUCCUCCUCGCCCAAGGACUGAAAAAGGCCAACGUCCGAGUCUCCGUCUUCGAGACCCUCCCCAGACAAACCUACGAGGACAACCCGCGAACGUGGACGAUGGCCCUGCACUGGUCCCGCCGCAACGUCGAGCAGUGCCUCCCGCCCGAGCUCUUCGCCGCUCUGAGCAGCGCGCACACGAACCCCUGGCACGAGCCCUCGCACGACGAGGCCCAGAGCCUGCCGGUCGUGGGCGGCAAGACGGGCGAGGUGCUGGUUGCGGCGAAGGUGGACGACGGCAGACGGGUCGUGCGCAGGAAGCUGAGGGAUCUAUUCCGGCGGGGGAUCGAUGUGAGGUUUGGGUAUAAGCUGGCUGGGGUCGAUGCGAGUGGAGAGAGGGUCACGGCUACUUUUGAGAAUGGCGAGGUGGUGCGUGUGGAUGUGUUUGUUGGGGCGGAUGGUGCGAAGAGUGUUGUGAGAGAUCACCUCGUGGAUGGCGAUGCCAAGGAGCUGGAUCGGGUCCCGUUGAUUUCUACGAACAUUGGGUGUCGGUACACGGCGCAAUGGCUAUUCAUCCGGACCAAGACACUCUGUUUCUUUCUCGCUGUGGCCGAUGUUCCUGAUCCCGAGGACCCGGAAACCUGGGAGUUCCAGGUCGCGCUAUCUCUUUGGAGCACCGAAGACCCUCCCGAGACAAACGAGGACAGGAUGAAGUAUUUAAAGAAGCUCGCGGAGCCAUACUGCGAGCCGUACCGUUCUGCCGCGCUGUGGGUGCCGGACGACACAUACAUUCCACGUGACAAGUACGCAGAGUGGAAGAGAAUUGCACCAUGGAACAACUUUGGCGGGCGCGUCACGGUUGCCGGCGACGCCGCGCAUCCCAUGUGUCCCUUUCGUGGCCCGGGCCUGAAUAAUGCACUGCAGGACGCCGGAAACCUGGUCAAGGCCAUCGCGGCGGUCCAACAGGGCCGGCAGACUCUUGCGGCGGCGAUCGACGAGUACGAUGCGGAGGUGUACCAGCGAGGCAAAGGGGAGAUUGAGAUCUCGGAGGAGUCAAUGUUUGGACUCCACCACUACAGCGCGAUCAAAGGAUCUCCCAUUGACCGCAUGGGGUUGAAGGAGCAGAAGGCCUAG